UUUGACAAGUUAAUGUUUAUUUUUUUGUUGUGACUCCAACAGCUGAUAAAGUUAACCUAAUAAAAAAUACGUAUUAUUGCAACAUUUUGAUUCAAUGAAAAUAGCAAGUAGUUGAUAUUAUGUCGAAUUCGCAAGACAAAUCCUCAAAUGGCUUAGGUUCCGAUCCAUUACAAAGACUGGCAUCGUUCAAACCACCGCGUGAUCUCUCCCUUGGAGGUGUAAAACCAAAUAAAAAAGUUUUCACUCCAAAUUUAAAUGUAACAAGAAGUAGAAACAAAGGAGUCCCAUUAGCAAACAGCCGCGACCACAAGAAGAAUGACAAAGACAAGAGGGAUAGAGUAAAUAAUAAAAAUAAAAGGAAAGAUCCUUCUAUUAUCAAAUCUGCUGGUGUAUUUUCUGAAGGUCUAGGAGCUGUUGAGAGAAGUCAUUACAGAGGGCCAUCUUAUGCUCGAGAUGGGGAAGGAGCACCAGCUCUGCAAAGACCCACCAUAAGAGUUAAAGAUGUUAUUAAAAUUGAUAAAGAACUGGAAGAACAGAAGAUCAAGUCUGUUGUUGGAGGUGAUGAUGGCCUGGAUGAGGAAGUUGAGGACUUUAAGCAGUCCUUUGAAAUGGAUGCACCAAUCAAACUGCCUAUAGAUGAUGGUUGGUUAUACAGUCAGCCAAAGCCAACAGUAAAAAUAAAACAAGAAGUGGUUGUGAAGACAGAACCCACUGAAUAUGCUGAUUGUCCAAUGCCAGAAGUGGACGAGAAACCCACAAUCCCAGCUGAGUUUGAAGACACAAAUAUCACAAACUUAUUAAGGAGUGAUAAACCAACACUUAUUUUAUUUCAGUUGCCAACUUCUCUGCCGGGGCGAAGCGGAGGUGGGGAUGUGAAAGAGGACUCGCGCAAUAAAAGCAAUAAGGAAGCACAAGAUGAAGCACCUAGUGAUGGUGGCGAGGAGAGCUGCGUGCUGUCUGGUCUGCAGGAGGGCCGCAUUGGUAGGCUGCAAGUGCGUCGCUCCGGACGAGUCACUCUUCUACUAGGUGACACUGUCUUCGAGGUGUGUCCGGGCACCAAGGCAGCAUUCCAUCAAGAAGCUGUCUCAGUCAGUGUGGAGGACGCAGCACGGUCUGCAAGGCUUGUCUCACUCGGCCCGUUGCAGCACAAGCUCACGUUACUACCUGACUGGCAGACUAUGUUUACUGAUAUGACAUUGUAGGAUGUUUAACUAUAUAAUUGUAAAACUGUUGGAACAUCCAUACAUAAUAGUAUUGCCAUCUUUCUCGUACUGUGUUAAAAACUGAGAUACCAAUCUUAUGCAUGUAUUACUGUAAAGAUUAUUUUAACUAAAUUUUGUCUUUUAUUCAUAUUCUACUGUCAAAUCUUACUAAUAU